AAAUCAAAACCUGAAAAAUUUCAAACAAAAUGCAAAUUUUCCAUGAAAAUUUUCUUUUUGAAAAAUAGGCCAUUCUUCAAAGCUAUUUUCAAAUUUAAAAAAUUGACCGGUUCUGUUACUGAGCUAUGUUGCAAGCAGUGAUUGUAAAAAGACAAAAAUAAAAUGGCACCACAUUACAAGACUUAGGUAAGUGCUAUCAAAGGAAACAACAGUUCAAGACAUCAAGUCUCUCUCUAUAUUGCCUUCCCUUCCUUUAUUUCCUUACCACUCCAGAAACUGAGGAAGAGAUACUAACAUAGCUUGGACUGAAGUAAUACAAGGAAUUAAUGAGAAGAAAUUAUACAGUAGAGUAGGUUUAUGAACAAGGUAUUAAAUAGUGUUAAUGAUAAUUCAUAUGUUAUUGAUUAAUAGUAUAAGAAAACAAUAGGAAAAAGGCAGAUUGUCAAGUUAAUUAGAUGUGAAUAUGGAAAUUAAAACACCUGUUGUUUGAUAAUAUAUAAUAGAUCAAGAAGUUCUAAUUAAUGGUUGAAAUUAAAGGAAAGAAAAUGUGUUAAGUAUAAAGAAAAAGAAAAGAAAAAUGAACUUCAGACCAUCAAUCUGUCUGAUUACAGUGAGGAUUUACUUUAUGCCUAGAUGAAAGGUUUUCCUCACAGUACUAGGGGCAUUGUACUAGUGUUACUGGGAGGAGAAUUUGAUGAUGAUUAUAUAGUUUGGCACUGGGUUGCCAGAUAUUAGUAUUGCCUUGUAUUUUCUUACAUUUUGAAUCGCUGUGUCACACAAUAAAUUCAUUCACUGGCUUUUCAUCUUCAGAGACCUGGCCCAACUCAACUUGAGACACCAUAAAUGGUCCUGGUUUUCAGAAAGUGCAAAAUCAUGCCCCUUUGCGGUAUCUUGGAUUGAACAUACACAAAUUCAGACACUUUACAUCACUAGUCACUUAAAAAUUUUUUUGCCUUCGUUUCUUAGGUUAUACAUAAAAUUGAGUUUUUAAUCCCCAUCUAAUACGUCCAUAUUACGUAUUUUCAUAUAAUUGGAAGUCUGAGCAAAAAGGCCUUGUGAGAGUUUUGCCACUAAUUUCAGUGGAGCCAGAAUUUCACCCCAGGUUUUUGAUAGGAUACACAUUGAAAGUCAGGAUUAUAGUGCAUGGAGUUGCUUAAUGGGGAAGUGCUACUUGUUCGACUCUUAAGGAGCUUGAAACAAACACUUUAAAAAUGUUUGUACUUUUAAAUGGUCUUCAUCAUUUCAUUACAUUUCAUGUGAUUUUAAUGUAUUUUGAACUUACUGGGGUGUAGAAAUAUGGAUACCAAAUAAAGCAUUGUAAAGGUAACAUAGCUUUAGACUCUGAUACUGCAAACACUCAUCUAUAUGAAUAGCUUGAUAUGUUGCUUGCAGUGUUGUAGCCCUGUUGGUUCCAGGAUAUUACAGAGACAAGGUUGGUGAGAUAACAUCUCUGUGUAAGCUUGAAAGCUUGUCUCUUUUACCAAGAGAAGUUGGUCCAAUAAAAGAUAUUAUCUCAGCCACCUUGUCUCUCUAACUUUAUAUGUGAGAGUUCUUAUAGUGAGUUUAGUGAGUCUACUCACAUGCAUAAAGUUACUCAUGUGUCUUAAACCCUGGACCUGCAAACUCUUGUGCUCAUGCUUAAAUAGUUUAAUUGAAGGUAAGUGAGUCGUUCUGUUGAAGUUAAUGGGUCUACUCACGUGCUUAAGGUUAAACAUAUGUUUGAGUGUUUGCAGGAUUGGGGGUCUUAGUUUAUAAUACAUUUGCUGUCCUUUGGAUACCCCAACAAAUAAUGAUAUUGUGUUCUGAGUUGGCUUUUCCGAUUAUAUUAUAAGAUAGCUACAUUCUGCCAUUUUCUACGCAGAUUCAUAAUGUUUCAGUAAAAAUAAAUUUUUAAAGAAAAUUUUUAUACUAUGAAAGUUAUUAUUAAAGCACUGAAGUAUUUUUGACAUGGAUUGGAUUACUUAAUAAUCCUUUAUACUUUUUUCUCUUCAUAAUAGUCAACACCUAAACUAGUAGUUCUUUCUAUUGUCUUUAUGUCUGAUCCUGCAAAUCCUUUCUCACAAGAAUAGACCUUACUUAUGAAAGCAUUUCCCCAGUGAGACUAUGCACAGAGUCAUUACAUGUAAGGCCAGAUGGGACCACCAGAUCAUCGAAUCUGAUGUCACAGGGUACUAAACACUACCCAGCCACCCGACACCAAGCCCACGACCAGAAUUAGAACAAAGUUUUACAGCCCAGAGGAGGCUAAACUAUUCUGUGAGGGUGUGUAGGAUCAAGCCCUACAUCAGAAUUACUCUUCAGAUUUUCAGGGUAUUUAGCUAGUUAUUUUUCAUUUUGAUUUUUGGUUUAUAUUUAAAAAAUAUUUCUUCUUAAAUACCAUGUUGUAGACUGGUCACUUGUUGGUUGUAGUAACAGAAUAUGGCAAAAUGUUAACAUAUAUUACUGACGUACCAAUCAUUUUGUCUUCCAGUGGUGAUGAUGUUUCCUCUAUAGAAGCAAAAGUAGAAAGUUACGGUACUAAAGAGGAUGACUCAGCUCAAGAGUGUAAAUCAGGAGAUGACAGUUCUGAAAAUAACUCUGAAAGUAGCUCUGAAAGUGAGUCAGAUACUGAGGAGGCAGAUAUAAGAAAAACAGAUGAAAAAUUGGAAAAGAAUGAAUUGCUGCCACCUGUUGAAUCAGAGGCUAAUAGUCAAUUUCGCUGUGAACAUGUCAAGACUGAACACAACCAGAAAGAGCAAGUGACCCCCAGAAGACUUUCCAGAGGACAAUUUUGGUUGAAGCUGGAGGCAGAGGGAACUUACCAAUGUACUGUUACAGGCUUGAUUUUCGAUGUAACCAAGGCUGCUGUAAUCAAAUAUUCUGUGUUGUCUUGGAGCAAAUAUGCUGAUUAUGUUAAAAAACCAUGGAUAGUCGGUGGCCCUAUAUUUGAUGUCAGUUGUGACUCAGCCUCUGUUCUUACUUCCAUUCAAUUCCCACAUUCCCUCAGCCUAAAUGAUCAUGAGUCUGACAUGACGUUCAAAGUUUUACAUAUCAAAAGUACUGGUCCAGCAUUUGAGCCUUCCGUUGAUCAUUCAGUGACGCAUGUCAAAUGGCAUGUGAGUUCUUUCUCUCCAGUAGGACCGGUUAUUCAAACGCAAGAGCCAGUACAGUACAAUGGGGCUGUAAUUUUAUACAAAGUUGUCAAUAAUCACCCUUCCUUAUCAUUUCGUGUGUAUGUAGCAACAAAUAAUGAUUCAUUUAUAAAGGAUAUCUCGAAAUCAGUAAAACAUUCUGAUAAGAAAUUCAUCAAAAUUGACAAGCCCCCGGUUUGUCUAAAACGCCUACAAAAUGGAAAGAGAUACAGAUUAAUUAGUGAGUCAGAAGCUGAAAUAACUCCUGAGGAAAUUGAAUUUGUUGAUGGCUCUCUCUUAAAAUUAAAAAGUUAUAUUGAAGUCUACUUGGAGCAACCUAUGGAGUUUACAUUAUCUUUGAUUGAACUUGAGUCUGAAGAAAUUGUCUGGAAAGCAAAACUAAGAGAAUGUGACUGGAUCCUACAUGACCAGAACAAGAAUGAGCAGAAAAGAAAAACAGUCAGAAACAGAAGACGGAAAUCAAGCAACAGCCUUUCUGAUGAAGAAUUUUAUAAUAAAAGGCUAAAGGGUAGAGAUAUUUCAGAUGGAACUAAAGCUAAAACUACGUUAACUGAUCAGCAACUGAUGACUCUUGCAAAGAAGAUGGGUAAAGACUGGAAAGAAAUUGCCAUUGAAUGUCUUAAGUUAGAAAUGAAAGAUAUUCAGCAGAUUCAGGCAAAAGAAGAAGAGGUUAAUGUUCAUAAAUUCCUGAUGUUGGAGAAGUGGAGGAAAGGUGAAAAGAGUAAUGGAACUGCGCAAAAUUUGUAUGACAGUCUCAAGGAUCAUGUGUCAUAUGAAAUAAUACAGAUACUGGAAGGUUUUUUGGAGCAGACAUGAGUUCAUGGAGAAACAGCUAAAAGGAGAACUCUCAGGGACAUUCAGCUGCAUAUGGUUUAAACUUUUCAUACUGUUUAAAUGUGAUUUAAUUGUGGACUCUUUCUACAGUUUGGAAUUCAGGAGACCAGUUAUGAAGACACAAGCCAUAAACAAUCUUUGGAAAAGAUUAGACAAAACAUUAUUUUGGGAAAGAGUGUAAAUUGAAUUUUGCGCCAAUGUAAAUGAAUUUAACGUUUUCAGGAGUAAUUAUUCAAAUGUUUGGAUACCAGUCAAUUAACAAUAUAGUUGACACUGAAGCAGCAAUCCUAAUGCAAUUUGAAUCUCCCACUGACUUCCUGUCUCCUUUGAACCAUUCCUGCUAGGUGCUGAGCAACUUAUGUGAAUUGCAGAGCUAUAUUAACCCACCCUUGAAAACAGCUCACCCUUUCCAACUAUUUGACAAUAUUAAGCACUUUUAUCCAGUUCCAUGGGUGAUUUCCACAGAGAUUAGAUAUGGCUUGGGGGACUCAUUAAUGUACCUCUCAUCUUCACCUAUAAAACAAUAGUGCCAAUUUCACUGGGUACAAAACAUUUCUCUAUACAUACAUUCAGAGGCUCAGGAUGGGUUGCCAUGUACAUGGUGCAUAAACCCUUCAUGGUAAUGCAAUUACAUGAUCAUUUUGUGUGUUUGUGUAUACCGCCUCUUUGCUAGGCUGGUCUUAUGUUUAUUCAAAGGUGAAACAUUAGUUUCAAUGUAGCACCAAUACAUACUAAAGGCAGUUUUAACUUUUGUCUCUCAGGGCCGUGUUGGCUCCACGUGUCUAGGUGUUCACACAUUUCUUAUAAGUUGAGUUUGUAUGUUGUAUAGAUUUUUGUUGUAUUAUAAUCAGUGUAAAAUUAAAUGUUUUUUUUUACUGUUUUUAACUUAAAUUGAACGUUAAAAUGACAGGUGUAUAGGCUAGAUAUAAAAAAUUUACUAAAGGAUGCAGAAAAGCAAAAGGCCAAUAGAUAACUCAGCAAACAGGAAACACAUUUAUAGGUUCUUAAGUUUUAAAAAUACUGUUAUCUAUAAUACAGAAAUGCUUCCUUGCAGGCAAGAUUGUGGUCUAGUUUUAAGGGCUCCUGUGGAUAUCUCUGUAUUGUCUGCCUUUGAAUGUGUACUGUUAUGUGUGCUUUUUAAAAUAGGAAUAAAAACUGAGAAAUACCUA